UCUCCAAGCCAAAGGCAGAUGAGUCUCAACGUAUCCGCAGCUCUGUGCAAAACGUCGGAAGCGUAACGGAGCACCACCCGGCAAUUUCAUCAGGCAGGUUGUCUUCGCCCUGCACCCCAUGCACCCAGUUUUUAACAACGAGACCGACGACAGGAACAUUCGUUGCACAAUUAGGUGAUGUUAGGUACGGUUCUGUUUUUUUAACUGGAACUGUGUCGAAAUCCCAAGAAGAUGCUCACCGAUAUGAUCGUUGAAGAAGAAUUCGAGAUCAAGGACGAAGAGCCGUGGUACGACAAACAGGACCUCGAACACGACCUGCACCUGGCAGCAGAGCUGGGGAAGACCCUGCUGGACCGGAACAGAGAGCUGGAGCAGGCUCUGCAGCAGAUGUACUCCACCAACCAGGAGCAGCUGCAGGAGAUAGAGUACCUGACAAAGCAGGUGGACUUGCAGAGGCAUGUGAACGACCAGCAUGCCAAGGUGUACGAGCAGCUGGACCAGGCAGCCAGGGAGCUGGAGCAGAGCAACACCAGGCUGGGCCUGGAGAACAGAGCGGCCCACAUCAAGACCCAGGGACUGGCUGACACCGUAGAGAGUCUGCAGGCCCAGCUGGAGGAGAUACAACACCAGGCCGAGGCGCUGAAGACCGCCCCUGCCCACGCCGCUGGGAGACCCCGCUCAGAGCCGGGGCGGCCCCACAGCGCCCAGAGCCUGUCCUGCCUCACAGAGCUGCAGCUCAAACACAGAUACUCGGACAGCUACGACACAGACGACCUCUCGGAUGACCUCUGCUUGCCCUCUGACCUCUCCUGGCGCGAGGAGGAGCAGGCGUCGCUACGGCGAUCUCUCCGCUCGCUUCAGACCCAGCUGGCCAAUGAGCGCGCCAGGAGGGAAGAGGCGGAGCGAGAGGCGGACCUGCUGGCCAAUGAGAACGCUUCUCUGGAACAGAGGCUUGGGAAGAUGGAGGGAUGCCAGGCCAGACUAGCCGAGCUGGAGUGUGAGGCGGAGGAGCUACGUCAGCUGUGGAGAGCCGACUACACGUCCAAAGCCGGGUCAAAGGUCACCCUGACCCUGAUGCCUGACGUUGUUUUCUUCCCCCCGGAGGAGGAGACGGGGAUGGAGGAGAAGGAGGGCGGGAGCGAGGGAGAGCUGCUGGAGGUGAAAGGUCGAGGAGCGCUGAAACGCUGCAACAGCGAGAAGAUCCUAAGGGGGGGCUCCCAGGGGCCGGGCGGGGUCACAGGUCAGGGGGACCACGAGCGUUCCUGCGUGCGUCGCUCCGAGGUGGUGACUCGGCGAGGAAUCUCUCUCCUCAACGAGGUGGACGCCCAGUACAGCGCGCUGCAGGUGAAGUACGACGAGCUGCUGCGACGCUGCCACCAGGGGGAGCCAGACCAUACCGCCCAGACCCCCAGCAGAGCCCUCCUGCCCUGCCCGGCCACCUUCUCCCUCGGCCAGGCUGAGGGGGAGGAGAUGGAGGGGCUGGACGAGGACUUCCACCAGCCAGAGUACAAGGCCCUUUUCAAGGAGAUUUUCACCUGCAUCCAGAAAACCAAAGAGGACCUGAGUGAGAACAGGCAGAAGCCUUGGUAGUCGGAGUAGUUUCGUUUCGCACUUUGAACUGGACACGUCAACACGACUUUGAGCUGCUGAGCUAGGCGACGUUAUCAGACAGCAGAAGUGGGAAUAUUUGGCUGACGUUGAUUCGAUCCGGCACUUUCUCAGAACGUCUCUUCAGCUGGAAAAGUACCUUGUGAAUCGAGAAAGGUCAAAGUGAUUUUGUCAAAAGCUUUUUGUUGGUUGAUUUUUUUUUUGUAAAGAUACCUGAUUCUCUCUGGGUUCUGUUUAAUAUAUACUUGAUUAUAAUUCUUUUGGGGCUUGUAGCACAGGAAUAACACCAGUUGUCUUGUUGAGGUGGUUGAAGUUAGCACGUAAACACAGAUGCCUAAAACCUAUUCUGCAAACCAUUUGUCCCCCUCAAUAAGCCCUGACUCUGCAAAUACGAUCCUCAGGAAAUUAAUAUAAGUGCUGAACAGUGCUCCACUCACCUCCUGAGAGAAUCUGAGAGACAGAUUGAUCGAAAUGUGAAGCGUUUGUCUUUUUUGGUGCCUAGAAAUGAAUGUUUCGUGCUUAUGGUGAUUGCUUAGCAUGAGAAGGCUUAACCUCUUCAGUUGGGGGUGUGUGAGCAGUAAUCAGAACAUCCUCAACACCAGCGACAAACCUAUUGGAAGUAAACCUGCUGUUUCUGGUGCUCUUAUGGACUAUUAAUACGCAAUGUCUUUUACAUCAGGAAUUUAACACAACUUCGAUAAUUGUACAUUAAUAAAAAAAGAAUUGAACAAGUUGGUAGAGGUUAAUGACUUGAGUAAUUUCGGAGUAAACUUGUAGUUAGACAAAAUGCACUGAGGUAUACCAAAUAUCAUUCAGUAGGGUGCUAUGAUUUAAAUGUGAUAUACUUGUAUGAUAAAAGAGGCUGUUGACUUGAUAAGAGACAUGAUGAACUGAUGUUUGACUGUUCUCACUGUUCUUCUGUCUCCCUGGUUGAACUGUAAAAUCACGUCUUGUUGAUUAAUGAUGCACUUUAGACCUGCACAGGGAUUUAUGUUUGUUUCUUCCACGUAACGCAGCCCAGUCACAUGUGUCAUGUGGUUCUCAUCCACUGUACACCCUGAUAAUGUGAAAAUCACUGUAAUCUGUGUGAAACUAAACUGAUGAAUGGCAGCAAUCUGGGUGAUAUUGUUCUCUUCUGCUAAACCUGUAGUUAUCUCAGAAAUGUCUGUCAAGCAUUACUCGCUUGUUAGACUGGGUGAAUCGUUUAUUACAAGUCAAAAAAAAAAAGAAAACAGUCUGUGUUUGUACACUUUUGUCAAGUUGAGGAACCUCAGUCAUGUAAUUUAAUAUACUGGCUACAUUUACUGUAUCUGAAUGCAAAAUAAAAUGUAUUCCUUCA